GGGCUCCAUCCCCACACUCAGCCAUAAUUAUGACUCUGGUGACAUGCUGUUGGAAAAUGAGGCUGAAGACUCAGAUGAUGAACCAGCUGUGCUCUCCCUCCGUGGUAUGUCACCUCCUGAAAGCAUACUGUCAGAUGAAGAUCUUCUAACAGAGCAGGUCAAGGACAUAAACCAACCUGAUACAAGCACAAAGACUGAAGUUUGGCGCACUGAAUGGCACAAGAAUCACAUGGCAGCUAUAAGCAGCGAGAAGUUUGACAGCCUCCUGAAAAUGUGUCCAGAUUUCUAUGACUGCAAGAGCCACAUGGCAGCAUUUGUCUUGAUAAGAGAAGUUCUGGAUACAGCAGGUCGUCCAUGUGAGCAAUACAAGGUAGUGGCAGUGGGAUCUGGCCGCUCAAGUUGUAGCGAAUGGCUUUGCUACAAUGGGGUGAUGGUUCAUGACAGCCAUGCCAUCAUCAUUGCCAGACGGGCUCUUUUAAGGUUUCUGUAUAAACAGCUUUUGCUGUUCUUUGAUGCUGAUCCAAAGGCCAAGGAGAACUGUAUUUUUGAGAGCAGUGCAGCCAGCCACCAGCUUCAGCUCAAACCCAAGAUCAGCCUGCAUCUCUACACCAAUCAGUGUCCCGAAGGAGCUCCUACAAACUUCUACUUUAAGGUUUCUGCAAACAACACCUGGACCUCUAUGAUUCUCCAGUAUCAUUUCAAAGGCCUGCUGGUCCCUGUGGCCUACCUUGACCCGAGUCUCUGGGGUGCCAAAGUCUGCUGCAUGUCUGGCAGUGACAAACUUUGUCGCUGGACUGUUACUGGGAUUCAGGGUGCAUUACUGAGCCACUUUAUUCAGCCACUUUACAUCACGAGCAUGGUGCUAGGAGGCCAGAAGCUCAUGAACCAGGAAGUGUCUGAUAUCACCAGCAAGCGACUGGGUGAUGGAUGGCAGAUCUUUCUGCCUCAGUCCUACAAGAAACAUGACAUCUUCUUUGUCUGCGGGGACUACGUGGGGCCUGUUGUGCCUUCGCUGCAUCAUGAAAACCUCAGCAUCAACUGGUGCCUCGGGGACAAGGAUAUUGAAGUUUUGGACAGCAGCAAGGGCUUGAUUGUGGAGGGCUCUCCUUCUGUGAGUGUGCCUGGCUACUCAAGCAGACUUUGCAAGAGAGCCCUCUACAGUUAUUUCCUCAAAGUUGCACAGCUGGGUGGGCACACCUAUCUGCUGGAGCUUCCCACGUACCACAGUGUCAAGGUGGAAGCCAGUGUCUACCAGACGGUCAAAGAGCUGGUGAGACAGCAGUUCCUGGAAAACCACGCAGGACCGUGGAAUUCCAAAAAGCUGGUGGAUUGCUUUAGUGCUUGAACUUGCAGCUGGAAACCUGUCAUGCCAAUGUUUACCCAAGUUCCUUGAGAGAUUUGAUUUGCUGUUCUUCUGUGCACUUUG